AUGGCGAAAGAUACUGUAGUGAAGGAUGCUGUUCCUAAAUGCAUAAGACAAAUGGGACAAAUUCCGCUGUUAAAUCUAAAAGAAGAUGUGAAUACCUGGAUAGAAAUAUUUGAAUUAUUUGUCACCUUAAAUGAAGUAGGUAUGCAAAAAAAACAACUUCUGUUUUUGACGUUAUCGGGUAACGAUGGUUAUUCAUUAAUUCGGAACUUGUUUACUCGAGUUAAGUCGAAUAAUAAAAGUUUUGAUGAACUUAAAAAGUUGAUUAAAGACUAUUAAUCCGAAGCUGAAUUUGAUUACGGAGCAUUACAAACUCAAGAAGCGCAGACAGGGUGUUAAUUAAUCUGUGAUUCAAUUUAUAAUAGCACUGAAAAAAUUGUCCGAAUACUGUGGGUAUAUUUUGAGACUAUUUUGGAUGAUGCUUUAAGGGACCAUGUGAUAUUUUGGAUCUGGGACAAUAAUAUUAAAAUUAAAUUUUUGUCAGAGCUUACAUUAUUAUACAAAACAAGCGUAGACCUCAGUUUGGCCUUGGAAUCUGCCAAUAAAGAUAUUCUUGAAUUGGUGAAAACGGAUGUCAGGUGGAAAGCAUACAAGGGUUCGUUCAUAAUACCAUUUUAA